AUGUUGCUCCCGUAUUUAUGCUCUCUCCUGCUAUGGCACCACAGGAAUGGGCUUAUGGGGCUGUUUUGUGCGCGCCUGGAGGCUGCCGAGAGAAGAGCAGGCGAGAAAGUGUCGCCAAUGGACAGCGGCAUGCUUUGCCGGAAGUGCAAGAGAGUGAACAUUCCCGUGGUGAACUGCACUGUCCGAAUGACGCGAAUGGAGGAGGUUAUUAUCGUAUGCAAGGGGUGCAACUCCAAGCACUCGCAUAAGAUUGUCCCAGAGUAUAAAAGCGUGUUCAUACGCACCAGCGAGGACAUAGAUGCAUUUCUGGGGGAGUAG